GUGUAGCUGAUGCAGGACAUUCUCUGUGGCAAGCGUUCUAGAUACAUCUCACGAAUCUGUAACGCAACACUGAUCAAAAUACAGUGUCUGAGGGAAAGUCCUUGAGCUGUACAGGAUUUUACUUUUGGCUUAGUCACUCUUUUUCUUGGGGAUUUGAGAACAGACGUUAAAAAUGGAUCUUCAGAUUUCAACUAGCAAAGUUCAACAGUUGAAGGACAUUGCCAACAAACUGAGGAUUCAUAGCAUCAAUAGCACAGAUGCUGCAGGCACAGGACAUCCAUCAUCAUGUAUGUCCAUGGCAGAGAUUAUGUCCGUCCUCUUCUUCAACACCAUGAGGUACAGUCUUAAGGAGCCACGUGGUCCCUCCAAUGACCGUUUCAUCUUGUCCAAGGGUCAUGCUGCCCCGAUACUGUAUGCAGCCUGGGCUGAAGCAGGACUGUUCCCCACAGAGGAUCUGCUGAAUCUCAGGAAAAUUCACUCUGACCUGGAGGGACAUCCCACCCCUCGACUGAACUUCGUCGAUGUUGCAACAGGAUCAUUGGGCCAGGGUUUGAGUGUUGCUGUGGGGAUGGCCUACACAGGGAAGUAUUUUGACAAAGCUGACUACCGUGUGUACUGUGUGAUUGGGGAUGGGGAGAGUGCUGAGGGCUCUAUCUGGGAGGCUAUGUCCUUCGCUAGCUGCUACAAACUGGAUAAUGUGGUGGCCAUCUUUGAUGUGAACCGUCUCGGACAGAGUGAACCCACCAGUCUGCAGCACAACCUUGAAGUCUAUAAGGCUAGGGCUGAGAGCUUUGGGUGGAACACCUAUGUUGUGAAUGGACAUAGUGUGGAGGAGCUUUGUAAAGCAUUCCAUGAUGCUACCACUGUCAAGGGCAAGCCUACCUGUAUUGUGGCCAAGACCUUCAAAGGAAAAGGUGGACCAAAUGUGGAGAACUUAGAGAACUGGCAUGGUAAGCCCCUUGGUAAGGAAUCUGAAAUUUCAAGGAAGACAAUUUCCGAUCUAAUAUCCAACCAAGGACCCCAUGGCAUCAACCCACCAACUCCCACUAAUGUUGACGUUGUCGACAUUUCCAACAUCAAAUUGUCGUCGCCUCCCAGCUAUGAAAAGGGUGCAAAGGUGGCUACCAGACAAGCCUAUGGAACCGCCCUGGUGAAACUUGGUCAAAGUAAUAACAGGGUGGUUGCUAUGGAUGGUGACACCAAGAACUCCACAUUUGCCAUCAAGUUCAAGGAAGCAUUCCCUGAUCGGUUUAUCGAGUGCUACAUCGCAGAGCAGAACCUGGUAGGAGUUGGCAUUGGGUGUGGUUGUCGUGACCGCACCGUGCCCUUCAUCAGCACUUUCGCCUGCUUCCUGACACGAGCCUUCGACCAGAUCAGGAUGGGGGCCAUAUCACAAACCAACGCAAACUUUGUAGGCUCUCACUGUGGAGUGUCUAUCGGAGAGGACGGUCCUUCUCAGAUGGCUCUGGAGGAUAUAGCCAUGUUCCGUUCAAUCCCCGGGUCAACAGUGUUCUACCCAAGUGAUGCCGUGUCAUGUGAGAGGGCCAUUGAGUUUGCGGCCAACACCAAGGGAGUUUGCUUUGUUAGAACCAGUCGCCCAACAACCAGCAUGCUGUACGAUGCCAACACUGACCUCCAGAUCGGGAAGGCUCAGGUUGUUCGCCAGUCUGACAAGGACCAAGUGACUGUGAUUGGCUGCUGUGUGACUCUUCACGAAGCACUGAAGGCCGCAGACAAGCUGGAAAUAGAUGGCGUCAACAUCCGAGUGAUUGACCCCUUCACCAUCAAACCGCUGGAUGAGAUGACCAUCCUAAACAAUGCCAGGGCCACAGGUGGCCGUAUCAUUACUGUAGAGGACCAUUAUGCCUGGGGUGGACUUGGAGACGCCGUGUGUGCAGCAGUGGCUCCAUUCAAGGACAUUGAAGUACACAAACUGGCAGUGAAGGAGAUUCCCCGCAGUGGUCCGAGCGCUGAGCUCCUAGAAAAGUACGGAAUCAGUGCCAACUGUAUCGUCAAGGAGGUUCAAAGGAUCUUGCAGUAGCAAAACCAAGCCACCAACUGAGUUCCUAACAUUGUAUACAGCAUAUUAUUGUUGGCAACUGUUUUAAAUUGCAAAGUGACUUUUUCUAACAUGUAAAAUUCUUGAUGUUAUGCAGAAAUAUAAUCUGUUGAUCCUUGCAUUUAACUGGAAAGUAGAUUAGUAGCACACACAUGUUGUAGCAAAAUGUAGUUAAAAUUAUACUGAAUCUAUGAAGGUCAGAUGAAACUAUUUCUUCAACUUUAUGAAAUUUUGUGAGGUUUUUGUUGUUCUGAAUUUAGGGUUUUAUAAUGAUUGACAUUCUCCUUCUUAUUCUUGUAAAACCAUCAGCUUGAGCUGAUUAUUGCACGUACGGGAAAUACAAACAUUUAACAUAUGAGUUUCUAUUUGUGAGAAUCCUUCUGCUACAGUAGUAGUCUAUGUCUGCUUGCUUCCUUUGUCAAAUUCCUGGAUUGUAAUUAUUUGUGUUUAAUUGUAAACAUUUAAACAAAAAUUUGUUACAUUGAUGAAAUUGCAAACGAUAUGUUUUGUUCCUUGGAAUACUGUGGUUUAAGAGAAUGACAUGUAAGGUUAUUUCUCACAGAAUGUGUGAACGAGAUCUCUGUUUACAUUAACAACUGUGAGUGUGGGGAAAAGGUCCUUUUUGCCCUCCAUAGUGAGAGCGAAUUUAUCACGCCAGUGAAAGAAAAGUGCACAACAUUCUAUACAUAUUAAUAACAUUUGAAGGGUGAAAUUAACACUUCGCAAAAACACAUUCUACAAGUGAAGGGCUCAGUUUUCCCCGCAUACAUUAUUGUGCAUGGGACUUGGUGAGAUCAACGGCUUGUCUAUUUUCAAUUGAAAUAAAAGAGGAAUCGUUGUCACAAUCAUCAUAAAUUUCCUUAAAAAAAAUCAUGUGUAAAAGGUCAGUCAUCAUGCCCAUGUGAAAAAUCAGUUGCAUAUAUUUUUUUUCUUGGGUACAUAUUCUUUUUAUAAAAACAGAUUGUAUGUAGUUUAUGAUAUAGCAGUCAUUGAUGUAUAUUGCAAUAUGUUGAUGGAGAAAGCUUGUGUGAGAGAUACAAAAAAAGAUUUUAUCCCUGAUGAACUUUGUAUAGAGAGAAAAAAAUUAAUACAAGUUCAAACAGGAAGAAGAAGUAGAGGCAUGUUAUUGGUGCAUUAAUGGAUUUGUUACAGAAAAUAUUCCAUGAUUACAUUUACUUUGUUGUGUGAGCUUUUGAACCUUAUUUGUCUGAAAACAGAAUAAUAUAGUUUUAUAUACUAGUACCAGGUAGUACAAGUUACGUCUCUUUGUCAAUAUUUUCGGUAAUCGGAGUUAAUUAUGUGGUAAAUGAUAUUAGUUAUCUGGUAAAACAGAAAAAUAUCCACUGUUGAAUAUUAAAAAUUGUUUUGUCUCUUGUUUAAGGUGGCCUAAGGUUGACUAUAUUUGUUGUAUGAGUGAUGGUAUCUCAGAUGUUUUAGCCGAGGACUAAUACCCAGGAAUUCCUAACAUGCUUAUUAACCCUCCAAAGCCAAAUUAUAAAAUAUAGCUAUAACGGCACGAAAACGUGUCUUCUUAAAUAAAUGUACUCUUUAAAUUUUUCAUAGA